CAUAUCGAUGCUUCUCGCUUCCUCCAAGACUAGCACGAUGAGUAGGACUUUUCAGCUCCAAUGGUUAGCACCUGUGCCCUGCAUCUCAGCCAGGAGCUGAAGCGCUAUGAUAUACGAUCUCGUGGCUGAACGAUCAGGUGAUGGAUGAGGAUGUCCAGGAGUCUGAGUGGUGCUGCAUACAGUUGGAACUCCGCACAAAACGUGCUAGCCACGCCAUCCAAAGGCGGGCCCAAGCUAGAGACAGUAGUUUGGCGUGAGGAAUCGGGGCUGGAUAUGAGACAAUCUCGUGAUCCCCAGUCAGUUGGCAGCGCUGGUGAUCUACAACUAUCUUCUGUUUCAGCCUUGUUGGCGUUAUCCACGCAGCCACAUGCCCCAGCUUUUAGCUUUCAGACAAGCCGAUACGAAUAUGCUUAUAUCGUUCAUGCACCUAUUGUAUCUCUCAUCUUCACAUAUGUUGGAGGGAGGAAUUUAGGUUGACAUCCAAGUGGUGGUUGCUCACGAGCCAAGACUGACGAUC